AUGCCCGUUCUCAAGCCCCUCUCGGGCGACGGCGAAGCGCCGCAGCAACGCAAGCAGCCCUCGAGGAAGGGAAAGAAGGCGUGGAGGAAGAACGUCGACGUGACCGAUGUAGAGGACGGUCUCGAUGAGUUGAACAAGCAGAUCAUCACCGGUGGUGUCGUCGCAGAGAAGGACUCGGCAGACCUCUUCGCCCUCGACACGGUCGGCAAGGCCCUCCCGAAGCCCAAGACGAAAAAGACGCUCAAGUCCGACGAAAUCAUCGCCGCCCGCUCCGCCGUCCCCGCCGUCUCCGGCCGCAAGAAGCGCUCCUCCUCCCCCUCGAAAACCUCCGACGGCCUCCUCCUUGUCAAGCGCCAACGCACCACCGACUGGGUCUCCCACAAGGAGCUCGCCCGCCUCCGCAAGGUCGCCGACGGCCAGCACGAGUCCUCCAUCACCGUUCAAGAUGCCACCUACGACCUCUGGGGCGCCGCCCCCGCACCCGCCGCCGAGCCCGCGACCGCCGACAAGGACAACUUCGUGCCCCCCGUCGUCAAGGCCAAGCCCCCCAAGACGCUCAAGCACAAGCCCAUCUCCCUCACGGCCUCCGGCAAGCCGCUCCCCGCCGUCGUCAAGCCCUCGGGCGGCUACUCUUACAACCCCACCUUCGACGACUACGCCGACCGCCUCGAGGCCGAGUCCGCCAAGGCCGUCGCCGCCGAAGAAGCCCGCCUCGCCGCCGAGGAGGCCGAGCGCCUCAAGCGCGAGGCCAUCGCGCGCUCCGCCGCCGAGGCUGACGCCGCCGACCGCCGCGCGCAGCUGUCCGAGUGGGACGAGGACUCGGCGUGGGAGGGGUUCGAGUCGGGCGUCGAGAACGACGACGACAAGCCGUCGCAGAAGCGCCCGCAGCGCAAGACGCCGCAGCAGCGCAACCGCAUCAAGCGCCGCAAGGAGGCCGAGCGCGAGGCGAAGCACCAGCUCGCGAUGAAGAAGAAGGCCGCGCAGGCGGAGCGCAUCAAGCAGAUCGCCACGGAGCUCGCCGAGCGGGACGCGGCCAAGAGCGCGCUGGAGCUCGCGCGCGAGGUGGGCGAGGGCAGCGACGCGGACGACGACGACGAGGACAUUGACGACGACGCCCCGCUGAGGAGACGGCAGCUCGGCAAGUACAAGCUGCCGGAGAAGGACCUGGAGCUGGUGUUGCCGGACGAGCUGCAGGAUUCGCUGAGGUUGCUGAAGCCCGAAGGAAAUCUGCUGAAGGAUAGGUAUCGUAGUAUGUUGCUGCGCGGCAAGGUUGAGGUGCGGAGACAUCUUCCGUUCAAGAAGCAGGCCAGGUCGAAAGUCACAGAAAAGUGGUCAUACAAGGAUUUCAAGAUUUAA